GUGUAUACAUAAACUUAUUGAAGCAUUUUAAGUGAAGUAAGACAACUUACAAAGAACUCUAAUAUGAUAGUUUUUAUGCAUUUUAUAACAACCAACAUUUCAUUGAAUAUUGUUUUUCAGAAAAUAUUCAUUGCAAAUAUCAUAUUAUUGGUUGUUCUACUAAAAUGUAGGAAGGUUUUGACCAACACUGAAGUUAUCGUGGACGCAACAGUAAAUAGAGACAUUGAUGAACCAAAAAAUUGUCUGAUAUGUCUUGAAGAAGUAAAAAUAAUUGAUUGUAAACUACCAUGUUGUUCUGGGACAUUCCAUAAAAAAUGUUUAGAUACUUGGUUAGCUUACGGAGUAAUAUCAUGUCCUCAUUGCAACGGAAAUCCACUUAAAGGAAUUCGCAUUUGCUUAAAGUGUAAGUUAUAUGAAAAUGAAGAAGAACUGGUAAAAACGAAAUGUUGUAAUAGAGAUUUAUGUAAAUAUUGUAUUGAGUAUGAAAUGAAAACUAAAUGUCUGUGCGGAGAAUACUUAGUGAAAGGUAUUACUUUUGACCCUGUCCGUUUGUGCUCUGACUGUAAACGUGUACGUGGAAGGCAUACUAUUUCUUCCCGUUGUCCACACGUUUAUUGUAAGAGAUGUUUUAAAGAUAUGAGAUGUUGUAUUUAUUGUGAUGAAAAAAGAAGAAGAAAAUACUUUAAUUUGUUUUUUAAGUGCAUGUAAAAUAUACUAGAUUGUUUGAUAAAAUUACAAUAUAUUAUCACAUAAGAAAAUAAUGUAACAACAAUUGUUUCAAGGGUUGUGAUUAUGUACAAUUAUGUCCAAAUGAUAGCUUCACUAAUACCUGUCCAAUUAAUUUUUUUAUUAUAUUUUCAGGGUAUUCUCCUUUU